AUGGAGAGUCUGGUGAAACCUUCUGAGGAUGAUAAGAGUCAAGAGUUCAUGACUACGCCUCAGAAAAUCUGUCUGUUGGAUGAACAAGGUGGAGAAGAUGAUUGUACAUGUGAGAAAGACUUUGAUGCUGGUAGCUCUGUGAGGCCUGAGCCGUUUCUGGCGCAGACACUCUAA